AUGGCCUACGUCAACCCUGUGCCUAAACUCUACAGAUCUGUAAUUGAAGAUGUAAUUGAUGGAGUACGGGAUCUGUUUGCUGAAGAAGGUAUAGAGGAACAAGUCUUAAAAGACUUGAAGCAGCUCUGGGAAACCAAGGUUUUGCAGUCUAAAGCAACAGAAGACUUCUUUAGAAAUACCAUCCAUUCGCCUCUACUGCCAGUCCUCAUUGUUUGUGAGAACAUCAGCAGCAAUCCAGCAUCUUUAGUUAUUCCUGGUAGAACUAUUCCCAGUCUUACCACAGCAGAACUGGGCACCUCAAAUUCCAGUGCAAAUUUUACUUUUCCUUCCAGUAUUGGUUAUCAAAUUCACAUACCAGCAGGUGCGACACUGCAGACAGCGUCUGGUGAGAGUCAUCUUUAUAAAAUCAGUGUACCAAUUAUGGUGACACAGACUUCUGGAAGAACAAGUAUUCUUCAGCAUCCAGUUCAGCAGAUAUUUCAUCAGCUUGGGCAGCCUUCAGUAAUACAGACCAGUGUUCCACAGUUGAACCCAUCUUCUGUUCAGUCAACUACUGAAAAAUCACAGAGAUUGGAAUCUGUACUCCAGCAACCCACAAUUCUACAUUCUGGAAUAGUAGAUAGGAAACACCUAGAAAAUACCACCACUAAUAUACUUUUGCCUCCUGAAAAUGAGUAUAAAAUCAUGUCCAAAGCUUUGUUGAGUCCACAGGAAAGUUCUCAGUAUAUUAGUCUUCCAGGUGUUGUAUUUGCUUCACCGGUCUCUCAGACAGAUUCUAACUUGGAAUCAGUGCUCAGUGUUUCAGCUAGCAUGACUCAAAAUCUUCAUGGUGGGCCCUUCUCCAUGGGCCCUCAGGGAGCUCUGCACCAGCACAUGUCUGAUGUUCAGCUUCAUGUUCUUAAAGAUAGGAUGUAUAGAUGUGACUCUUUGAAGCAGCCAAGAAAUAUAGACGCGCCCAGCAGCCUACCUAUCUUGGAGAAGGUAGUUCUGUGCUUAUCUAUUGGUAUUAGGGGACAGACAGUGGCCGGUGAUUAGUCUUCCUGAGUUUUUCUUUUUAAGCUGUAAGGUUAAUCAGAACUAUGACUUUUUUUUUCUCUAGAAGAUUGCUUCUUUAGUGUUGUUUUUAAUAUAACCUUCGUUUCUGAAAAGUAUUCAUGGUCAGCAUUUCUAAACUUUUUAUUUCAAUGAGGUAGAAUUUUUUUUUAAAGAAAAUGCAUUUAAGGUAAUCUGUUUUAUUUCUACUUUACAUUGUGAGAACUGUAGAUAAAAUUUAAAAGGCCUAGAAAUACAUCCUAGUAAUUAAAUGAAUAUU